GUCUGGAAAAGUUGCUCUGCGGAGCCUCAGAAAAUGACAUUUGAUUGCGUCGGUUGUUCCGUCAGUGCUGUACCUAUACAUUUUUAUUUACUGCUACUCGGGUAUUCGUGGCUAGAAGCUGAAAGUUGAGUCAAUCAAUUGAUCUAUAUUUAUUAUUGAAAAAUACGUAGUAUUUAAUGAAAAAUUCUCAAUCACCAUUUGAAGUUCAAGAACUAGCACUUGCCAAAUACUAAUUGAAAAACUCACCUUGUACUUUUGUAAUUGAUUAUUUAUUUGUUGAAAUUAGUUAGUUAGCUACUUUACUUGUUAUGAAGUUAGUUAAUUAGUUACUUUCUUCUAGUCAACUGUGUUUACAUGUUCCGAUCCGACAUAUCACAACGCUAUUGCCAGAUUGCUUUUAGCUAUUGUUAGUACAGAAUUGCAAAAUGCCGCGCGGUUUUCUGACCCUCGGAUCUUAUCUGGAGAGAGCCUAAUAAGUUUAUCUCGUUCUAAGCGCUUUACCGAUAGCCGCUGCAUCGAGCGCUGUAACCAGUUGUAUCGCUCCGCCUCUCGCUUAAGUUUCAGUGGAAAAAUCGUAUUAUAUUUUAUAACUCAAGCUAGAUCUCCUUAUAAUAUUUUAUGUUCAAAAUAGAUCCUUGUGUUUGCACCUUUUGGCAGUUCAUUUAUAGUCUCCAUGGGAUUCAUGUAGUCGGAGACUAUACAGUUUUCAAGCAGUAUUAUAGAUAAUAGCAGUAUAAUAAAUUGUAUAAAUCAUGAAAAGAGCCCAGGAAAAUAAAAGCCAAAAUCCAUUAUUUAUGAAGUGGUUGAAUGAAAUCAAAGAUGAUUGUACUAACAUAAAGAAAAUUUAUUAGCUUUUAAUGUUGGAAAAGCAGUGAUACUCCAAAAAUAUCCAAACAAAUUAAAUUCUGUAAAAGAUUGUUUAAUUUUGAAGUUUAUUGGGAUAAAGAUUUGUAAAAUAUUAGAUAAGAAACAAGAAAAAUAUGAAAAGUCAAGUAAUCAAACAUUAAGGGAACAUUCCAUUCAUUGUUUUCAUAGAUGAUGAAGAUGAGAAUCGUGGAGGAUAGCGAGCAAGAAAGAGUGCAUUUAAUUAGUUAAAAUUGAUUUCAUUGAUUACAUUAUUUUGUUCAUAAUGUACAAUUAUAAACAAGGACCCAGUUAUCAAGAAAAAAAUUAUUUUAGAGACUUAAAAAUAUAUUAAUUAUUCUAAAAAGAAUAAUGCUGAUAAAGAUUUGUAUACUGAGCCAGCUAUGUUAACAUUGAUUGCUGACAACUAUGUUAUAAAAAAAGUCCAUCUGUGUUUAUUAUUAUUGAUUCAGGAGUUGAUAUCUUCAUCAUAUAUCUUUACAAAUCCAUCAUAUCCACUCUUUGUAAAGUAGCUGAUAGACAUGGAAAAAGAAGCAAUAGCAAAGAAAAAUCCAAAGCAGCUGACUGUAACAAAAUUAUUAACUGCUUUUUAAAAAUUCCCCUUAAGAUUGGAUAAUGUAAAAGAUGGUAUGGGUUUUGAUAGUAUGUUCAAUUUUGAUGAUCCAAUGAAUUGGGUAUGGGUGAAAGAGAUUUUUAAUGAUCUAAAAAGAAAACUAAAGUACUACAAAAAGACAAAUAAUCAAGAAUCAAACAGUAAUGGUAAGGAUGUUGAAGAAAAACAAGUGAAAGAGGGCUGAUAAAACUAGAAAAAAAGUCCUAAGUUUGAGGUGUCAACAAAUAAGUUUUAGAAAUGAUGAUAAUCUGCACUUAAUUUAUGAAUUUGCAAAUUACAUUUUAAAAUGAUUGAUAAAUUUAACAAAAUAGUACAUUACCUAACUAUUAUGAGAAAGUAGAUUCUUUUCUGGUGUGAGGUUUACACUUGAAUGAAGCGAGGGUGAAAAUACACACAAGACCAAACACUUUUUCCCAUUAUGUUAGGUAUAGUAUUUUCUGAAACAACGUUUAGAAAGCAAAAGUUCCUUUAUUUUGUGAUUGUUUACUGAGCACUAAGGCAAGUUCAAUACCAAAUACGUAAAUGUAUAUUGUAUAAUAUUUAUAAAUGUAAUAUAUUAUUUUAUUACAUUGAGAGUUUAAGAAUAUGUAUUUUUGAGAUGUUAUUUGAUGUGUUUUGAGCAUAUUAAUUAGGUUAUUACCAUAUCAUGAACUUUGAAUACAAAAUACAUAUAGAGCUAAGUUAUGAAUGACUUUUCUUUAUAAAAAUAAUUAUUGCUUAUAAUCUAACUAAUUUUUCACGAAUAAAUCUGAUCCUAAUAAUCACAAAAUGGCUUUUUAACUGCUUCCGUUGAUUUUAAAUCUAUUGCCAUCAAAUUUUUUAUAUUCAGUAUCAAUUAUUUAUUUUUAGUAGUCAAAUCGGAAAAGAGCAUUCUUUAUUAAUCGUGAUAUCAUUUUUCGUAUGACUAAGCGUGGGGAGAAUAUCGGAUAGUGAAUUUAAGUUAUACGAGAAGUAACAAUAAACUCUUCGUCAUGCGAUAUCAUGUUCGCGAAUAAGAUUCGAUACAAAGCAAAUUUUUUCAUAGCAGAGGCGCUUAAGUUACCUUUAAGAUAAAGUCAUUACGCCCAAGACUAGACGUCAUUGGUUACCAUAGUGAAUGAUGUCAUCCACAAGUAUACGUUUUACAUCGGUAAAUCGAUCGAUAAAAAUUGUAACAAUGCCCCUCGUGUAAUUUCAAAUUUUUGAAAAAAUAUUGCUGCUUUCAAGCAAUCAGGCACAUAGAAACUAUACCUUUACAUACAUAGUAUAAAAUUUCCGGAGGAAAACUUUUGAAAUCGGAGUUCCCAGUUAUUUAUCCUGAAACGAUAAAAAUCGACCAUUUUAUUUGAAAAAUAUUGACGUUCUAGAAUGCUAGCAUAUAUUACGUAACUUUGAGUGGUGGAACUAAAGUCCGAGCUAUUAAAAGAGCUAGCGAGAUUCGUCAAAGGUAUUAUCCACAGUAGACACGCUUAGAGAUAUUAGCGAUCAGAUUAAUUGUAAUAAAUAUUCGAGAAAGAAAUGGAUAUAGUUUUCUUAUCGCAGCAAUAAAUUUUUUGUGAAAACUCAAUGUGAGCGUUACUGGAAAUUACCAUAUCUAUAUUACCAUACUUAAUACCAAAAGAAUGAUAUAUAAAGCACAGCGAUAUAAGUGACGAUGAACACGAGAAAUAAUGAAAAUAAAAGUAACAUUAAGAUUGCGAAUCCAAUUGAUAUUUAAUGAAAUUGGCGAUCCAUCAAAAAUAUUUUAAGAAUAUAAUUAUUUCUUAUCACAUUGAGUCGUGCACUUCAAAACAUUCAUGGGCACGAUCAGCUUUAUAUCAGAAGGAUGCUUUUUAUCGCAGAUACGACUGUCGGCGUGAAUGUGAAGAACGGCUGAAUUACAAAUCAGUGGACCAGUGUGAUUUUUUUUCAAAUCCGCACGAUGUCACAACAUCUGGUGUUGUCCGCUGCGACUGACUAUCUAACUCGAGAAGAAGUUGCAACGGUAGUCAGUAGAUUUUCAAGCUUGAAAAGUAUCAAGUCUAUUGACUUCCAUAUCGUACCUUUGCACAGCGAAAAGCUCGGAUAUUUGAGCGAACAACUGCUGUUGACCAUUCAAGUUAAAUGCACAGUCGGCAAUCGCGAGUUGGCGCAGAGUUACACAUUUUUCGUAAAGUCAUCGGUAGCGAACAGUAGCGCUUUCAAUUCGCGAGUGUUUCGCGAGGAAAGCCACUUUUACCGUGACUUUUUGCCGCGGCUUCGUCAAUUUCACGUGGAGCGAUGGUCGCCGCAGUGUUACCUGGCCAAGGACAACGUGCUUGUGUUGGAAAACUUAAAGUCUCGGGGAUUUCAUUUGGCCGCCGGAAGACUAACGGCGUCGCAGCUAAGAGCUGCUGUUACCGCGGUCGCGCGUUUUCACGCCUGCUCGAUGCUACUGGAACGUCAACUGAAAGUGCCACUGACAGAGGCGUUUCAAGGGUUUUUCAGGGCCAAAAGUUUCGAGCGCGACGACGGGCGCAAUUCAAAGUGGUUGAGGGCUGGUCUAGAGCUGGCUGAAUGCAUAGCUCGCGAUUUGGGCCUCGAGUCCGAGUACAUUGUCACAGCAUACGAGGAAAUGACGCGAGGAAACCGUCUGACCGAUGGCGAAUGUAAUGUCAUUUGCCAUCAAGACUUGUGGAUCAACAAUCUGAUGUUCUCCAUAGACGACAAGCUUUGUCGGCUUUUGGACUUUCAAAUGGUUGUGUACGCGCCGUUUGCCAUAGACAUUAUCCAGUUGCUUCACUUGAACCUGGACGGUGCGAUGAGGACCAAGCUCGAACAGUUCGCCAUAAAAGUGUAUCACUCGGUGUUGGAGCAGACCCUCACUUUGAAUGGCAUAUCGAUCGAUCAAGUCGUAUGCUUGGAGAAAGUCUUGCAAGCCGUGCAGAGGCAACGAUUACAUGGACUUUUCGCAGCCGUGCAAAUCGGACCUCUAGUAUUUUUAAAUAAACGUUUCGCCAGAGAUUACACCAAAGAUCCUAUUCAUUAUCAAUAUUAUCACUUCGUCAAUCGCAAAGAUUUUAUUCGAAAGGUCAUGCAGUCAGAUCAAGGUUAUCGUUGUAGAAUAGAAGAAUCUGUGAGAGAACUUGUUGUUUACGUUAAGCGUUAUGGAGUUCGUUGAUAGCAGUUGAAAUUCUACAUAUGACGCUAUUAUUUUAGUUUUCAGCUGGUCAACUUGCACAUAUUUUUAUAUGAUAUUACGCUAAAAUUCGUUAUGUUCACGUAUUAUUUGUAGCGUGCUUUAUAAAAUGUGAUUUAUUCCGUUCAAUAAU